CCUUUUUGAUGCUCCCGGAGGUGACGUGGGAUGGCAUUCCUCCCAAGUCCGGUCUGUAGAUGCGAGGAUGGGGGAAACAGAUGGUCGAGUGAGCCGCAGAGGUGAAAGCUGCGAUUUGGGUCGUGGCUGAGCAGCCAUUGGCAGCUGGUGAGGUGCGGAAGAGCCAGGCAGGGAUCCCCACGGGAGGGCCUGGGGCUGAUCCCGAAGGAGGCAGCCCCUAAGCCAUCUGAAGGGAGCUUCUGGCGUGAUGGUGAUGGCAAAAUGGGAAGAGGACCUAGAGCUGGAAAGGACGGCCAUCAAGGCUGAGGAGUAUUAGACACCACCCUUCGCAGGUCCGCCAUUUAGGAGGUAUGACUGGGGAGAUCAGAGGAGGAAGAGAGAGACCGAGCCGAGCUUCAAGAGGCCGUCACAAGUGGAGGAGCAGAACAUGGCACGUGCCUGGGGCGUGGAGGUCACCUCAAGGAGCCUGAGCACCCCUCCAUGUGGGGCCCUGUGGAGCUGGUGGGCAUUAUUGCCGGCCCAGUGUUCCUCCUGUUUCUCAUCAUCAUCAUUGUUUUCCUUGUCAUUAACUAUCAUCAGCGCGUCUAUCACAACCGCCAGAGGCUGGACAUGGAGGACCCCUCGUGUGAGAUGUGUCUCUCCAAGGACAAGACGCUCCAGGAUCUCGUCUACGACCUCUCCACGUCGGGGUCUGGCUCAGGGUUACCCCUUUUUGUCCAGCGCACAGUGGCCCGAACCAUCGUUUUACAGGAGAUUAUUGGCAAGGGCCGGUUCGGAGAAGUGUGGCGCGGCCGCUGGAGGGGUGGUGAUGUGGCUGUGAAAAUAUUCUCUUCUCGUGAAGAGCGGUCUUGGUUCCGGGAAGCAGAGAUAUACCAGACAGUCAUGCUGCGCCAUGAAAACAUCCUUGGGUUUAUUGCUGCUGACAAUAAAGCAGGCUGCUCAUUCCUCACGUUGCCAUGGCGGUUUGUAGUGGCCUCAGCUGCCCCCAGGCUGAAGAGACUUGACCUCUCACGCAAGGGAGGAAGGGGAAGAGAGAAUUCCUUACUCCCUCUGAAUAACGGCACCUGGACACAGCUGUGGCUUGUCUCGGACUAUCAUGAGCACGGCUCCCUGUUUGACUAUCUAAACCGGUACACGGUGACCAUCGAGGGGAUGAUUAAGCUGGCCUUGUCUGCUGCGAGCGGUCUGGCACACCUGCACAUGGAGAUUGUGGGCACCCAAGGGAAGCCUGGAAUUGCUCAUCGAGACUUAAAGUCAAAGAACAUCUUGGUGAAGAAAAAUGGCAUGUGUGCCAUCGCAGACCUGGGCCUGGCUGUCCGUCACGAUGCAGUCACGGACACCAUUGACAUUGCCCCCAACCAGAGGGUGGGAACCAAACGAUACAUGGCCCCCGAAGUACUUGAUGAAACCAUCAACAUGAAGCACUUCGACUCCUUUAAGUGUGCUGAUAUCUAUGCCCUUGGGCUCGUGUACUGGGAGAUUGCUCGAAGAUGCAACUCUGGAGGAGUCCAUGAGGAAUAUCAGCUGCCAUAUUAUGACCUAGUGCCCUCUGACCCUUCCAUUGAGGAGAUGCGGAAGGUCGUAUGCGACCAGAAGCUCCGCCCCAACAUCCCCAACUGGUGGCAGAGUUAUGAGGCGCUGCGGGUGAUGGGGAAGAUGAUGCGGGAGUGCUGGUACGCCAACGGCGCAGCCCGCCUGACCGCGCUGCGCAUCAAGAAGACCCUCUCCCAGCUCAGCGUGCAGGAGGACGUGAAGAUCUAGCUGCCCCUCCCCACACGCUGCCGGGCAGCGGGACCUACAGCCGAGCUGCCGUGUUGAGCAUCCGAUGGAGGCCUACCUCUCGUU